AUGCAUAAAUAUCAAAAUGCCAUUACAGUAUCAAAUGCAAUAUGUUUUCAAUCACAAAAUAACAAUACGGGACAUGUUUUCAAAUACAAGAGAAACCAAAGAAUUUAUGCUUCUCUACUGGAACAUCACUCUCCGAAAAGAGCUGAGAAAAUAUCAUUUUUUAUAACCAGCAAGUUGGGAGUGUUGCCAGAUGAAUUGGGAAUAUAUUCGAGGAAAGUCAUUCAAGUACUUAAAAAUGUGAGAAUCUAA